AUGUUGCCAACCACCAUUUUCACCACAUGGAGCUUUCAAUGCUCCGAAAACGUUCUUACAUUGACGACCGGAGAUCUUAAUUGGAAGCCCAAAUUGAAGUUAUCAGGCUUCGAAGAGCCUUUCUCCGACGGCCGAGGUAACUUUCUUUCAAAAUUCAACGACUUUCAGUUUUGGUCCGAAGGUAGACGGAAGUGGAAGGUCUACUUUUACAUGGUAAUGGUUUGUCUAGCUUCCGUUUAUGGAAAAUGGGUGGUGAUGGAAGACAAGUCAUGGCAUUUUGAGGUGGAUAAAGGAAAAGGAGGGAGAAUGUUCUACUUGCGUGAUGGUUGUACACAUGAGGAGCUCCUUAGAAUGGUACAAGCUGACUAUAUGCUGGAUAUGGAACCAGAGCGGGUGGAGUUAUUAUCCAUUACCAGAUGUGAUGCUCCAUCAAAUGCCCUCUGA